AUGCCAAACACGAAUAGCAUCCCCGGCAGCAUGUCCAGCGCCAGCAGCAUAGCCAGCAGCAUGACCAUGACGAGCAGUAUGGCCAGCAUGGCCAUUUCCCCCAUCCCCGGCACCGCCACCUCGACCUAUUCCGGUUCGACCAUUUCCCUCCCCAUAGCCCGUCAGCAAACCAACCCCGCCGACGGCAUGGGCGGCGUCGCCAUCAAGAAAGAGGGCUGGGCCACGGUCAAAGAAGGCAAAAACUUCAUUCAAAUCUGGAAGCAAAAGUACCUCAUCCUUCGCAAAGAAUCACUCGACUUCCACAAGACGGAGGGUGGCAAGGUCUCCUACACAAUCUACCUCAAGGACGUCCUCAACGUCGGCCGAGUCGAGACCCAAGGUAUCAUCUUUGAGAUUAAGCGCCGUCUUGAUUGCGCUUCCAACAACCCCGGCGAUGACGACGGUCAGACGAAAACCCUCCAAAUAAAGGUCAAGUCUGACGAUGAGCUUUAUGAGUGGAUUGAUCUUAUCUAUGGCGCCUCCCCUAACAUGGGCGGUGUCAGCAAUCCCACCAACUUCUCCCACGCCAUCCAUGUCGGCUUCGAUUCUCAAACAGGCCAAUUCACGGGCUUGCCUCCUGAGUGGUCCAAGCUACUCAACUCUUCCGCCAUCACCAAAGAAGACUACUACCGCAACCCCCAGGCAGUCUUUGAAGUUCUCGAUUUCUACACUGACCUAGCUAAGCGCGCCGAGAACCCCAACCAGUAUCCCUCUCUCACGCCCACCCCUCCCGCCGCCGCCCAAGCCCAGAAGCAGCUCGGCUAUCCCGGCGCCGGAAUCGCUCCUCCCCGCCCCGCGCCUCCUACCCACCAGGCAUCUUCAUUCAGCGCCUCGUCACAGUCUAGCGCCAACGGUAUUCGUCAAGUUGAGCAGCAGCAGCAACUCCAGCAGCGUCAGCAACUCGAAAAUGCUAGAAAAGAAGAGCAGCGUCAGAAGCAACUUGAGCAGGAACGUCGUGAGCUGGCAGAGUACAACGCUUCUCUGCCUCAACACAAGACCCCCUUAGCUCGGCAAGAAGUCGGUGGUGGCUACUCGAGCGAUCCCUCGCGCGACCAAGCCGAUCGAUUCAACCCUACCAGAGCCGCUCCACCUGCUCCCAAAGGCCCUCAGAACCCUCAGCAAUUGCGCGCACAGAGGCCUGCGCCCGCUCCUCCCUCAAAUGGCGGCUCCUCACGACCUCCCGUCAACCCCCAGUCCGGUGCCAGUCGCGAUCCCAACGGUCAGCGUCCUCGUGAGAAUGGUUCCUCCAACCAAGGGCCCCGCUAUCAGCCCAGCAACCAGCAGGGCCAGCAGCGUCCUCCUCAAGGUCAAGGCCAAGGCACCUCCCGCCUGCCUGCGCCUGUUAAGCCUUUGAAUGUGGCCCCAAAGCCUUCUCAGAAUGCUCCCCCAAGCGACUCCGUCAAGGCUGCCGAAGCCGCGCUAUCCAAGCCUGCCGAAAAGAAGCAGGAUGUCCGCAUGUCGACCAUGUCCGAGAACGAAGUCAUGGCCAGGCUGAAGGAAGUCGUUUCCAAGGACGAUCCCAAUCUUUCCUACUCGAAGCAGAAGAAGAUUGGUCAGGGUGCUUCCGGCUCCGUUUACGUGGCCAAGAUCAAGGAGACUGCUGUGGGUAUCGCCCGCGAUGUUCUACGUCAACAGGGUCCCAGAGCCCAGGUUGCCAUUAAGCAAAUGGAUCUCGCCCACCAGCCUCGCAAGGAGCUGAUUGUCAACGAAAUUAUGGUCAUGAAGGACAGUCGACACAAAAACAUUGUCAACUUCCUUGACGCCUUCUUGCGUAACAACAACGCCGAGCUCUGGGUCGUCAUGGAGUACAUGGAGGGCGGUGCGCUGACGGAUGUCAUUGACAACAACCCCUCCAUCUCUGAGGAGCAGAUUGCGACCAUCUGCCACGAGACUUGCCGUGGCCUCCAACAUCUUCACAGACAAAACAUUAUCCACCGUGAUAUCAAGAGUGACAAUGUCCUCUUGGACGCCCGCGGCAAUGUCAAGAUCACCGAUUUCGGCUUCUGCGCCAAACUCACGGAUGCCAAGUCGAAGCGCGCCACCAUGGUCGGCACACCAUACUGGAUGGCGCCCGAAGUGGUCAAACAAAAGGAGUAUGGUCCCAAGGUGGAUAUUUGGUCUCUCGGUAUUAUGGCGAUUGAGAUGAUCGAAUCUGAGCCACCGUACCUCAACGAGGAGCCUCUUAAGGCGCUGUACCUGAUUGCCACCAACGGCACGCCACGCCUCAAGAAGCCGGACAGACUGAGCAAGGAGCUCAAGGCCUUCUUGUCUGUCUGUCUAUGCGUGGAUGUCAAGAGCCGUGCUUCGGCGGAUGAGCUGCUGGCGCACGACUUUCUCAAACACGGUUGCCCUCUAGGCACGCUGGCGGAUUUGUUGGCGUUCAAGAAGCAUGCUAAAUAA